AUGCUUAGCGACCAAGCAAUUGAGCAGGCUGCGGCCAAGCUCGCCGCCUACCAAAGAAACGACGCCCUGUCCCAACUUCUCGAGGAAUAUGCAGUUUUAAUCGACAAUUACAAGCGACUCAAGAGCGACUAUGAGGAGGAACGUGACUCGCGGGAAAAGUACAAGCAGAUGGCCAAAGACCAAGAACGCAACCCCUUCGUGUUAGUUCUUGUGGACGGUGAUGGUUACCUUUUCAACGACACCUACUUGUCCCAGCGUUCGGAGGGCGGCGGACCCGCAGCACAGGCACUUAAUGAUGAGAUUAAGGCUAGUUUGCGGCGCAAAGGUCUUGAGCAUUGCGAGGUGAUGAUUCGCAUCUACGCGAACGUCUUUGGCUUGUCCAAGGUACUUUCCAAGACAGGCGUCGUCGGCGCCGAUAGCCGGUCAAUGGCCCCUUUCAUCGCUGGCUUCAACAAGUCGUACGGCCUUACUGAGUUUAUUGACGCCGGCCAACUCAAGGAGAAUGCCGACUUCAAGCUCCGCGCCAUGCUGCGCCUCUACGCCGACAACAGCCAAUGCAAGCACAUCUACUUCGCUGCCUGCCACGAUGUCGGCUACAUCUCCGAGCUGACGCCCUACAUGGGCCAUAGCUCCAAGUUUACGCUAAUCGAUACCCCAAGUGUCCGCUUUCACGAUGAGUUCCACAAGCUGGGAAUGGGUAUCGAGGAGUUCCGCAGUGUCUUCCGGCACGCUCCGCUCGAUAGCUCCGCGGCAUACCGCUCUGUUAGUAACGGGUCGAACGCGAGUCCUGUUAAGCCGGUCUCAGGGCCUGGCCGGCCUGCCUCUCCCAUUAAGACGCCAUCUGCUGUGCCUCCAACACACAAGGAUGAGCAAAAAACCACCAAUUGCCUGUUCUAUUCGUUAGGCAAAUGCCGCUAUGGCAAAACUUGCAAAUUACUGCAUGUCAACCCACCCGGCGAUCCUAAAACCAACAACAGCCAUCAACACUCAGACACGUCCUCCCCACCGAGUCCGUCGGCAGCUAAACACAAUCCAUCACUUUCCCCCGACACCCACCCGUCUCAUCUCCCACAAGUCUCGAGCAUCCCUCGCGGCCAAGUCAUGGUCAACGUGAAUAACCACCGGCUCGACCCAUUACUCCGCCCCGUCAAACCAGAACUCGUCACCCGCCUGAAGAGCCGUAUUGACAAGCGCCGCGUCUGCAACAGCUUUCAGCUUCGGCGAGCCUGCGAUGCCGGCGACAACUGCGAGUACGACCACGAGCCAAUCGAGCCGGAACUGCUACCUGCCCUCUGGCAGCUUGCGCGCUCGCAGCCCUGCGUGCGGCGUGGUGGCUGUCGUGCUAGCGGCUGCGUCAACGGACAUGUCUGCCAGAACACCGACUGCAAGCACCGCGGUGGGAAGUCCUAUUGCCGCCUCCCGUUUCUGGCACACCUGGAACCAUUCGUCGACGUGCGUUUUAUUCCAGGUGCGCCGAAGCCGGUUCGCAAGGGCAUCGAUACAGGCAGUGUCGAGGGGAGCAGCAGCUCGGGUCUCUAG